CUAGCCCAGGGUUAGUCGGUGUUUUCCGCAAACCCACUCGAAAUGGCGGACUCUCUGGAAACUUUUGGCACUUUCUGCUCCGCAUUUUCCAAGUAGUACAGGCUCUGUUCUUUCUCAGAACCAGCCAUGGCCAUGUCAAGGGGUCAUCUUGCCGCGGGGAAACAGCGACUGAAAGAGAAGCUGAAAACUAUCGACGAAUUAAAAACUCGUGUUUUGCAGUAUAUUACCAACCUUACUGAAGAGCCCACGGAGGCCGCUUUGCAGUUGCUAGAGGAGACUGACAGGGGGCGGUUUUUCGGGCAGUUCUCUUCUGUGAGCCAGGACCUGGAGAAGUGCCUGGACACCCUGUUCCUGCUCUGUGUAUCCCUCAACAAUGACGAAGAUGCAUGUGACGGUCCUGUUUCAGAAUUGUCAAGCAGUGAGUCAUCAGAGUCCAGCGUUGGAGCAGUCAAACCUCCAUGCUUACCUGGCAGAACUGAAGUGUCACCCGAAGCUGUCUCUAAACACACUGGCAGGAAAAAACACCACACAGAGCGCAAGAAAAUGGCUCCAGAGAACGAGUCAGGAAUCUCGUCUAUUCAGAUAGACUCAGAGUCAAACAGUCCCCCAGAGGUGACCUGUAAAGAAGCUGACGCUGUCACUGGUUUGAGUCCCUUGCAUGAAUCUGGCCGUUCCUUAUCUGUGCAAACCAAUGAUGCCAUGUCGGAAGAGGAGAUUGACAAAGAAAAUCAUCAUCCCAUACUUUCGAGCCCCCCCAGCCAGACUGGUGUUGACAUUUUACGGGACGAAAGAACCAGGAACAAGUCUUCUCAUACUUCAAGUUCACCUACACAGCACUCGUUUUCUUCUCAGCUGCCUCAGGUUGAUAUAGACGGUCUGAAAGAAAGGAGGACGAAGGAAGACGUCUGUCCAACCAUUGCAGGUCCACAUGGCCUGGGUGACCAGUUACUGACCAACAGAGAAGAGAAGAUGAAACAAGAAGAGACUUUAGCCAUUCAGAGUUUGCCUGAUGAAGCAGACAGUUGUGGCUUGCCUACAGAUUGCACAGUGAUACAGGAACAGGGGAUAGGAGUGGAACUGGCGAGAAAAGACAAAGAAUCGGUCACAAAGUGUGAGGCACCAUCUGGAGAUUGUAAUGAUGUAGAGAAUGAGGGACAGGAAAAGCUUGAGGAUCUGCAGAUGUUGAGCAAAGAGGUAGAAGCACCAGAUCAAAGACAAGAUGAUAGCAGCGUCUGGGUCAACAACUGCAGGGUAGAUGUAGAUGGAACAAACGUUCCUGGAGAGCCGUCUGCAAUUCUGCCGAGCUCUAGGCAGAACCCUGACUGCAGGGCUUCUGCUAAGCAACAGCAGGAGCAUCGCCAGCGAGUCUUGUGCACAGGUCCGGGCGUUGGGAUGGAAACACACCCGCCCGUCACCAGGAAACUGUUGUUCAACGGAGAAGAGAUUCCACUGCCAAGUGACACCGAGUCGGAGCUGUCGUCUUACUCACCGUCCCAUCCAAACACGUUGAACGUAUCACGCAGCAGCGAAGACUGCUCUACCAAGGACACAUCUUUCUCUUCACCGCACAAGGAAACCUCUCGGUCAACCACGAAGCCUAGUAGUAUAGACAUGGAAGGAAAUGAUGAUUUUGACAUCCAACCGCAAGUCUGCAAAAACAGAAAAACUGAAGAGGAAGAAGCUAAUGAAAGUCAGCUUGCUGCUCUCGACCAUCUUACUGUGCAGGGAGACUUGGAUGAGGUACAUCUAACAGGAGAGGUAAAAGCUGGAGAUGGUAGGACAGCUGAAAGAGUGUGUGCUACCUCCAGCAGGAUGGUGGGUACAGUUUCAGUCGCACAAACUCUCGAGCUGGACUAUCUUACUGUGCAGAACAACUUGGAGGAGGUACAUGUAACAGGAGAUGGUAGGACAGCUAAGAUAGUGUGUGCCACCUCCGGCGGGAAUGAACUUGUGGGGACGGUUUCGGUCGCAUCGUCGACUGAGGACUUGGAGGAAAUGAUAGCCGUUCAGCGCAGUUUAAAAUAUGCAGGUCUGAUCCCAGCUCCAUCCUGCCAUGGAGAGGAAAAGUCAUGUCAGUCUGCGGAAGAAAGCAGUCUCUCACCUGCUAACACUCAGCAGAGCAGCCUCUCGUCAGUUCUGCCUGAUCCGCUGUGUCAUUCCAGUCCCGUUCGCACCAACCCACCCUCACAGGAUCAUCCGUCAGAAGCAACGGAGACAUUUUCCCCUGGUUACGAGAACCGUGCCGAGGUGAAACCACAUCGCACUGAUCCCAACAGUGAAGAAGAAGUAAACAUGCCAGUGCCACGGAAUCCACCCGGCAAUACUGAAGGAAGCCACAUCAGAACGAAGUCGUCUUCAGACAACACAGCAAGUGAACAGGACUACUACUCUAACCGUGUUUCAACUGAUCAUAGCCAUGUGCCAAGUCCACCCAUGCCAGUACCACGGAAUCCACCCGGCAAUACUGAAGGAAACCAGAACAUCAGAACGAAGUUGUCUUCAGACAACACAGCAAGUGAGCAGGACUACUACUCUAACCGUGUUUCAACUGAUCAUAGCCAGGAAAAUGUUCAGACAACACAGCGAAUGAACAGGACUACUUCAGGCAACACGGCAAGAGAACAGGACUACUACUCUAACCGUGUUUCAACUGAUCAUAGCCAGGAAAAUGUGCCAUGUCCACCCAAGUGCCAGUCCAGUCCACACAUGAUACAGCAGCCUCUGACUGUACAUGUACAAAAUGUAGGAACGGAAAGACUCUUCCCUACUACAGACUACUCAGAACCACACCUGCAUCGUGAGGAAGGGGAGCAAAACACUUCUUCUACAUCGCUCGUAAACGCAACGGAGACUCCAACAGUCGCCAGUGUUCCGUCAUGCCAAGCUGGCCAUCCAGUACGAGUCAAUCCACCAGUGCAACAACCUGUCUCAACAACACCCAUGCUUCAGAACAACAGUGGUCAGGCCAGCAUGCAGCAUUAUCAUUGUCCACAGGUGCAACUGCCACAGGUGAAAAUACCACAGGUGCAGGGACCACAGGUGCAGGGACCACGGGUGCCAUCCCUGACCUUCUCUGACGGUGACUCGCUAGACGUGGUGGUGUCAGACAUCAUCAACCCCUCCCACUUCUGGAUCCAGCCUGCAGGAAAUCAGCUCAACCUCCUGACAGAGCAACUCAGCCUGUUUUACGAGAAGUCGACCCUGCCGCCGGGACUGCCGUACACGCCUGCAGUGGGCAUGUUCUGUGCCGCCUGUUUCACUCAGGACAACACCUGGUACAGAGGGCGCAUCACAGCUGUGCAUAAUGUGGAGAGGACGGGGAUAGCCGAACUCCUCUCUCCUUCCUCUUCCCUGGCUCCACGUCCUGUGAUGUUCAGGGCACCACAGAUAGAUGUGGAUAUCCUGUAUGUAGAUUACGGGAACCGGGAACGUCUCUCCAUGUCCAGAAUCAAGGAACUGCAUCAGCAGUUUACCCGCCUACCCUGCCAGGCUCUCUGCUGUGGACUAGCAAAGGUUAUGCCAGGCAAUGGCAGCAGGUCGUGGACCUCCCAGCAGGCCGUGUGGUUUGCACGGCAGGUGCUCGGCAAGAAACUCCAGGCCGUUAUCGACCUUGACCCUUCCAGACAUGCCACAGAGGUCGAGCUGUUCUACACCGUCCCACACGACCCUCAGGGUCAGGGGUCAGCAGGAAGGGUCAGCAUCUCUGAGCUGAUGGUGACUGAGAAGAUGGCAGUAGAGAGGAUGCCGCUACAUAGCCUUGUCGAAGGUGUGUCCAGCGAAGCUGUGCAGAGUGGAAACUUCGUUGGCCAGACUCCGCGUUCCCCCACCGUGUCCCGGCCGCCCCACCAGAGGAUCCUGAACCAUGACAAGAUGCUGCAGGACCAGGCACGUGUGCAGCAGCUCCUCUUGCAGCAGCAGGAAGAACUGCAGCUCAGGAGGCAGAGAAAUGGCCGACCCAUCAGAACCGGUAGUGUAGCAGACGACAAGAAGCAAGCACCACAGAAACAGCAAAAGGAUGUGAACAAUACUGGAAGGCAUGGUACACAGAACUCCUCCAAGCCUCCCACAGACAAGUCUGCACCGUCAGAGGAAAAGCCAAAGAAAAAUGAAAAGUCGGGAAGUAAAGCUCCAACAGCAAUGCAUGACUCGGAGGAUAAGGUGGUAGAGAAAAUGGACACCAAGGGUGGAAGGGUUGCCAAUUCAGAAGAUCCUCAGAAAGACUGGAGACUGGAGACAGCUGACUCCAGCAUUGAUGACUACCUUGACAGUCUGGCCAUGGUUCCCCAGCCAGCAGGAGAUGGGCAGCAUGUCACAUCCAGUGACAAGGAACACUCCUCCGGAGUCAAAAGAGAUCAACAACCAGACAACUCAGAAACGGAGAUUGUAAAAGCUAACAGUUCAGAACGCGGAUCACAAACAACUAAGAGAUGUGAGAGCAGUUCAGGUGACAUCAUCAGCCCACAGUGGAAGAAGCAAAUAAAAAAGCUCAGCAGUGGAAACGGGUCCCUGAGGAAACCAAAGAAGAGAGGUGGUGCAGGCAAGGGUAGGGGGACGAAGAUGUUCUCAUCUUCAGGGUCCACAACUAGUGAGGAUGACGACCGAAACUGGUGGCGCAACGACAGAGGCCAAAAACAGAAAUCUCCUCAAGACAAGAAGAUAAUGAGCAACCAUGAACAGAAAGAAGGAAAGAAAGAUAGAGAGAACGGGGGAAUGAGCAACCACGAACAGAAAGAAGGAAAGAAAGACAAAGAGAAGGGAGGAAUGAGCAACCAUGAACAGAAAGGAGAAAAGAAAGACAGAGAGAAUGGGGGAAUGGGCAACCAUGAACAGAAAGAAGAAAAGAAAGACCGAGAUAAAGAUGGUAGUUCUAAGGAUGCAGAUGCUGUAACAGUUGUAGAUGAGGGUGACAGUGCCCAGAUGAAAAAGCCUGUGGUGAACUUGCACGAUGACGGCUCGUUUCUGCUGAUGACUUCGUACAUCGUGGAUCCCUCCGAGUUCUACGUCCACCCGGUCACGCGGGACGCGGCGAAGAUCGACCACCUCAUGAAAGAGCUGAACGCGUUUUACCAAGAGAAGAUGGACAUGUUGAGACACAUCACAUUCGAGCCGUGUGUGAACGACAUCUGCUGUGCACGGUUCAGCGGAGACAAGACCUGGUAUCGCGCCCAGAUCUGUACGGUAACCUACAGGAGGGACUGCUCCUCCUCCUCUGAAUCAGCUAGCGGCAAGAAGCAGCACGGAAAACCUGAGGCAGAAGGCUUGGAUUGCUGUGAGGUUCAGGUCUUCUACCUGGACUACGGUAACUUUGAGACGCUGCCUGUGUCCGAGGUUCUGCCGUUGAUGCCAGAGUUUACAGUAGUACCAGCUCAUGCCAUGAAGUGCAGCCUCUAUGGCAUCAUGCCUGUUUCAAAGACAGGAAAAGAAAGCAGCCCCAAGCCCGCCUGGAGUAGGAAGGCAGCGAAGGCUUUUGCUGACCUCACUCCCUUUGACAAGGCACUUGUGGGGUAUGUGAAGGAGCACAAGCCUGGAAGUGAAGUGCAGCCCCCCCUUCAGCUUGUCCUUGUGGACACGUCAGGGUCUGUGGACAUGUGCAUCAAUGAUGAGCUGGUCAGCGCUGGAGUUGCAGAGAUGUGUCUGCCUGAUACCCCUCCUACAACCAAGACGUCCAAAACCAAAGAUGACGCCUCCCUUGCUGAUGAUCUAAACGGCCUGGAUGAGUGGGACCCCAGGGCUAGUGACUACCUGUCAGAGAGAAACAGCUACUUUGUGGAUGUGGACAAUGCAGAGGUGGCCACUACAGGAUACAAGUCCAGGGAGAUCCCUGUGUGUAAGUUCUUCCGGCCGGGGUCUCAGUGUUGGAAAGGAGACAACUGCUCCUACCAGCACCUGCAGGAUGGGGAAUCUAAAGCUGCUGACGGUAUUGAUGUAGACAAACCCAAUCCUCUGGAUGAGCUCAGUAAAGAGAUAAAUGAGCACUACUCCAAGAAGGUGUAUGGAGAGAGGGAGGUGGGCAUAACCUGGCACUGGGAGGAGAUUGUCAUUGCUAAGUACAGCCAGGACAGUCAGUUCUACAGGGCCAGGAUAACCAGUGUCAACACUGAAACUCAGGAAGUAUGGGUUUUCUAUGUUGACUAUGGCAACAAGGAGAGGGUCCAGGAAACAGAUAUUCAUCCGAUAGAACCCAGGUUCUGCCAGCUUCCCUUCCAGGCAGUGGAGUGUUACCUGGCCAACAUAGAACCUCUCCCUACAGACCAGGGGAAGCCCAGGUGGUCCCAAACUGCCAGGGAUGUGUUCUUUGAGCUGACUGGAGGGAAAGUCCUGAUAGCUCAUAUUCUGUCCAGAGGCUGGAAUGACACCCUGUACGUGGCCCUGUUCGACACCAGUAAGGAGAGCGACAGCAGGAUUGACUACGCCUUGGUGCAGGCAGGCUUUGCUCGAAGGGUCAACAUCUACAACGAACAGUCAGUACAGGAGAGGAUGGGGGCACACAGGGAGGGACUAGCACCUGGUUAGGUCUGGCAACACUGGUUAUAACUGAAAGUUUUUUCACACAUACCCUAUUGCUUUGUAACUAUUUGGCAAUCCUUUUUGAGAGGAUGACGGUACACAGGCAACACUGGUCACAACUGAAAGUUUUGUUUGCACAUGUGCACUAUGUAUAACUUUGUUUUGAUACCAAAGAAGAUUUUAGAGGUUAUAUACUUACGAACUUUAUACACCAUUGCAUACACUAUUGCUUUGUAAAUGUUUUACAAUCCUUUUUGAGAAGAUGACAGGACACAGGGAGGGUCUAGCACCCGGCUUGUUUUGGAUGCCGAGAAUUCCUGAAUGUGGAGGUCACCUCAAACUUACUUGAACUGCAAGAGAGUUGAAAAGGUACAUGCCAAAGGACAGUGCAUGGAUCAGAAUCAUGUCAAGUGGCCAAAAUUUGAGUAGCUGAACAUUUCUAGAUGAUGAGAUGCUGUAACACGGUCAGAGCAAUCAUGUGCCU